AGUAACCUAUUCUAGAUUGUGUUGGGCCCACGAGAAGCCUUCAACAUUUAAGGGCCCAUGAGAAGCCCUCCCAUGAGCUCUCAACAUUUUUGCCAUUCAGUCUUUAACUAUUUUUCCAUGAUAUUAUUAUAGCUACACAUGAGACUUGCAUCCAAAUAUUGUACUGCGUUGCAACAAUAGAGAAGAUCUACGCAUUUGCACGUCUUGUAUGAAAACAGUUUCUCGUAUUAAUCUAGUACGCCGAAUUUCCUAACCAUUCGGCCCCUCAAUUUCUUCAUACUGAGAAGAUUAUUUUCCACAGAUACCUCUCGACUCGACCCUAGUUAGCAGUGUAAUUUUUUGUGCUAAAAAACAAGAUACGACGAUGGAGAUCUUGAGUACCGUAUUGCUGAUGUUGGUCGCGCUCAAGACGACUUCUGCUCAAGCUUGCUCGGCGGAAGACUUCGCGUGCAGCAACGGCCAGUGCAUUUCCAUCACAAACGUGUGCGAUGGAGUGCAACAUUGUUCUGACAAUUCAGAUGAAACGAGGUGUGCGCAAAUUGACAUGGAAGAGUGCCCUCCCCUGUACACUAACGUGUCAGGGCGAUGUCUGCAUAUCGACAUUGUGACGGGAACUUGGUUCGAAAUGCACUAUCGUUGCAGGGAGAUCGGCGGAGUAAUGGUAGAAGUUGACGACGCCAACUUCUUCUACGAUCUCGUCAACGUAUUGAAGCAACAAUUUGCUUCGAAUACCAAAAAUUUCUGGAUUGGAGGCCAAAAACCAGCAGGGUUGGAAUCGUCUUACGUCUGGAACACAACAGGAACCUUCAUUGCUAUGGGAAGUCCUUUUUGGGCCGUGUACGAUUCCGGGUCGUCGACUGGUGAUUAUUCCCAGGAGCCGAUGGAGUCCGCGGAGGCUCAGUACGUUUACCUCAACAAAGACAGGUUCCUGUACUUCAGCGCCGGAGAUGCGGUCGGAGUAGCUGAUGCCUCCGUCGUUUGUCAAUUGGCUUAGAGAGACAGGGCACAAAUGUAGUCGCAUUUCAACGAACUUGACCACAUGAGAAUCAGCAAUGCUAAUCAAACUUUUAGUACGUAUUUCGAUUGUAGCAAAAUUAAUCAACAUAAAGAAAUUAAAUGCAUAUAACGUAACGCCUAUAUUGUGUCCGAACUAUUAUACACUAAAAAAGUAAUUUCCUUGAUCCUUUCCAAACUAUGUAGCCGUGAUGUCAGUAAAAAAAGUGAUUCGAACGGAAUGAGGCUAACACCAGGGGAUUUACAACGGAAACGGAUGUGAAGGGAAUUUACUAAUACGUAAAUUUCCUCUCUACUCUUGUACGCGAAAUGCAAUCUAAUGAAAACCAUUACUGGCGCUUCCGAUCAAAUCCUUAAUCUACAUAGAAAAAAUCGACAGAAAUGACAGGAUUGUGCUAGUGU